AUGCCCCAAGCCGCUGGGCGAGCAGCUGAAGGGCAGAUCAGGGAGACAGAGCGGGUCUGGAGAGUUUCGGUGCUGCCAUCGCGGGGGGGCGCCAACGCGAAGCGCAGCGCGCGCCGCGUGCGCGUGGAGGCGGGCGCGCUCCAGGUGUGCUCAACGGCGCGCGUUCAUCAUCCCAAGUACUACCACGUAUCCUGCCUGGGGCGAGUUCUCGGCCGGGCUGCGCAGGUUGAAGAGCUCACAACCUUGCCUGCAACCCUGCAGGAGGAGGUGGCGCCGUGGCUGGAGGCGCCGCCGGCCGGCCCUCCCCCUGCGGAUGCGGGUAUGGGAGGCCCUGCCAAGCAGGACGCGGACGAGAGCAACAUGCACUUGCCGGACAUCGAGGUGAUUCCCAGCGCCGUGGUGUUGCCAGAACCUGGGAUUCUGCAUCGCAUGUCGUGGUGGUCGGCCGCGGGUGCGUCAGCCAUGGGGGAGGCGCGCGCCAGCAUCGACUCCCUGCUCGCGAACCUCGCCUCGACGCUGGACGGAGUUCCGAAUUCUCUGGCUCUUGCUAUUAGCGAGGCGCGUGAGGCCGUCUCCACAUACAUCCUGCAAGCCACUUCUGAGGCCGAGGCUCUCGGGGGCUGGCGGUGCUUGCUGUGCGUGGACCGCAUGCUGUUCGGUGGGCUCCAUGCGGGCCGCGGGAGCGUCGCAGACACCACGGUGACGGCGAAAGUGUCCGAGCGGCUGCAGGAUUUUUGGGCUGGGCGUUGGCAGACCCUGUUAUGCGAUACUGCGAUCACCUCUCGCGACGGGGGGGCGCUAGACAUGAAAGACCGUCCAGUGCAUCGUGUGCGAAGUUUGCUGAUGAAGGGUGAGCUUGGAAGGGCUGCCGCAGCCGCCUGGGGGGCAGCAGCGAUGCGCACUCCCGCCGAAACCGCAGAAGCGUUCGUGCAGCAGGGCCCGCAGGAGCCUGAUGGCCACGACGUGAACGGACCUGCUGACGCCGAGUCCGCGCACCAAUUGCGCCGAGACGUGGAGGAAUGCCUGCGAGGUCACUGGCGAAAGGUGCCCCAAGGGGCGGGCGCUGGUCCACAGGGCGACGCGUUCAAACACUGGCAGCCGCUGGCUCACGCGGCCGGGCGAGGAGAGGCCACGGCGCGCGUGCUGGCCACGCUCGCUGGGGGUGACGCGCCUAUGGAGGCGCUGACGCUGGCGCUGGCAGGGAGGCUGUUGGGCCUGGCCAAGAAAGACGACGGCGCCCGGGUGCUUGCCUGCGGGUCUGUCCCGCGCCGAUUGGUCGGCCGCGCAGUGUGCAAGGCGAGACGGGCCGCCAUCGCAGACGCAGUCGGCGACUGCCAGUACGGGGUGGGGCAGUCAUCUGGCACAGAAGCCUUGCACAAGACGCUGCGCGCGAAGGCGGAGCAAUUUCCGGAUCAUGCGGACGUCUCCCUGGACAUGGCGCACGCGUUCCGCUGCGUCCGGAGACGCAGCGUCUUCCGGGCACUCCGGGCGAGGUGCCCAGAUAUGGAGCCUUUGGCCCGCCAGUGGUAUGACCGGCCAACGACCCACGUGGCCAGCGGAGGCGGGAACGCAGCCAAGUUAGUGCAGCAGCUGCAUGGCUUGGACCAAGGCUGUCCGCUCAGUCCGGCCCUCUUUGCCAUCGCUGUGGCACUGGCGCUGGAGGGCCUCCGAGACUUUGCACGGCAACGCUCUGCGGACUCCUGGGUGUACGCUUACUUGGACGACGUCUACUUGGUCGUCCCGCGCCUGCACCUGCGAAGCGUCCUGGCUGAGGCGCGGCGCCUCUUUAGCGAGCUCGGGUUGCACCUGCGGGAGCCGAAGACACGCUUGUGGUUCCCCGCAGGCCCGCCGGCCGACCUGCCCGCAGACCUGGCCCAGUACGUGGUGAGAGAGCUCCCCUGCCUUGGGAGACGCGUCUCCUUCGUGCGCCCACGGCCACGGGAGCAACGCGACGAGGAGGACGGGCGAGACGUGCCCGCUGGCGUGGAGGAUGCAGAGGCGCCGGGCCUGGCCACGGAGCGGCUGCGCACCUACGCGGGCAAGCUCUUUCACCCUCUGGCGGCCGGGCUGGAAGCGCAACACGUAGUCACGCUCUUGCGCUGCUAUGUGAACGGAGCUGUCACUCACUGCCAGCGCGCUCGCGUCGCAACUGCGGGGGCUUGGCAGUGCUACAAAGAGGCCGUCGCAGCCGCGAUGUCGAGCUUGCUCGGCGCGCCGCUCUCGGACGACAGCAAAGUGCUGCUCUCCCUCCCACUGAAGCUCGGGGGCGCGGGCUUCCAGAGCGCGACGCUGCGGGCCGACGGUGCUUGGGUGGCAUCCUGGGCCGCGGUGGAGGACGCCGUGAGGGCCGACCAGGGCCUGCCGACCGAGGCCGCCGCCCGCGCAGCGACGCCCCGACUCACUGCAGCGCUGGCGACAGCAAGGGCCCGCCUCGGCGCCGCUGGCGCGGCGGCCUUUGCGAGCACCCAGAAAGAAUUGCUGCAGCCAACGACCCGGACGGAACACCUGCUCGGCGACGACAAUUUCAUGGUCAGCCUCCAGCGCCGCCUCCUGGUCGCAGACCCCGCGGAGAAGCACCGCCGUUACCCAGGGCCAGGCCUGGUUGCGGCCGCGCUGGAAACAGGCGGCCGGAUGGGCCACGAGUUCCGGGCGUUCCUGCGGGCGAAGGCGCCCACGGACGAGCGGCGCACUGCCAGCCUGGCAGAUGUCCGCCAGCGGCUGGCCACAGCGCUGCAGCGGGGCGUGGCCGCCAUGCUGCUGGGCAGGGCGGGAGCCCAGUCGUGGCCGUGGCGGACGUCCUGCCCGGCCUGGCGACGGGCGCAAUGA